GAGCGCAGCGUCGAGACGAUUUUAGAACAGAGCAGGGCCUCCUACCGUCAGACGUCGUAGCAUAGGGUGUGCUGUAUUAAUAUAGGGUCAAGACAGAAACAAGUUGGUGACGGUGGUGGCGGAAGACGGUGCAGGUCUUCCGAGUAAUACACGCGCGUAUGCCUCUCGAUCCUCUGCAAGUAAUGUCAAUAUACGAAAACAACGUUCUACGUAACAUCUAACGAGAUGACCUUAACAGAUUAUACACUGAAAAGUAAAGGGCCACCAGAAUGGAUCGACGAAGAUCAGAUCGUGCCAGCCCAAGGACGUGUAGGCGACGAUAUCAUUAUCGAGCUGAAAUUGGCUCUAUGCGAAAAUUACGAUGACUUACGAUUCGAACUAAUACGAGAUGGACUGCCAAUUUCAUCGGAGCGUUAUCAGUUAUCGAUGCGAGGCAACAUCGUUCAACUUGCUUUGAAACAAUCGCGUAAAAAUGAUACGGGUUACUACUCUCUCGUAGCAACAAGGCUCGGACAAGAAAACAGUAAAGGAGCUUUAAAGAAAAUCCAUUUAAGCAUCAGCGAACCAAGUUACGAAGAGGGUGAUCCUCCUAUCUUCUUGAGGAGAUUGAGCGAUCUUGCUGUCAAGGUUGGCACUCGAACCAGAUUUCUUGUAGAGAUUCAAAGUUCAACCACUUUGAAGAUAAUUUGGUAUAAAGACGACUUGCCUAUUCGCGAUGGAUCUAGAUUCUCUUUCGUCCAUGAAGGAAAUUUUCAUUGCAUUGAUGUCGCGCCCGUUACUAUCGAGGAUCAAGGAUGCUGGACCUGUAUGGCGGAAAAUCAUUGUGGAAGAUCCUCGUGUACAUCCACUUUCACCGUCAUUGUUCCCAAGGCUUACAAGAAGCCAGACUUUGUUGAAGAACUUCGCGCGCUGCUCACGGAGACAGGUACCGUAUCGUUGGAAUGCAAAGUAAUCGGUGUGCCUACACCAGUACUGAAGUGGUUUAAAGACAACAAGGAAAUCAAAGCUGGCGAUGUUUUUGCUUUGACUGCUAAUCCCGAUGAUCCAACAUCUCUCGGUGUUUACACCUGUGAGGCAGUCAAUUGCAUGGGAACGGCCUAUUCCUCCUCAAAAGUUCACGUAGUUGGAAGAGGAAGCCGAGAGGGUUCACUAAAACCAGCGGAUGCUUUGACACCAUCUGGACCACUUCCGAUAUUUAAGCAGAUACUUCAAGAUGAAUGUUGUCGGAUCGGAGACAUUGUCGUAUUGUCUUGUCGUGUUCAAGUACCACCCUGGCCGAAAGCGAUCACCUGGUACAACAAGGAAGGUCGCGUUGAGCCCAACGAAAAGUAUCAUGUAAUGGAGGAUGGCAUUGGAGGAUAUUCAAUCGAAGUAAGACAAGUAGAAGCCAUGGACGAGGGCGAGUGGAAAUGCGUUGCUACCAGCGAAGACAAUAUGAAGCAAUUUACGAGCUGCUAUGUAGCAAUGUCUAUUCCAAGGAACUUCAGAAAACCGCGCUUCAUGGAAAAUCUGAAAGCAGUCUUGACGGAAGAAGGUCUUGUCUCGUUCGAAUGUAAAGUCGUAGGUUUUCCAACGCCACUACUAAGAUGGUUUAAAGAUGGCCAAGAGCUUAAACCAGGGGACGUCUAUCAAUUAACUGGGACUAAUUCAUUAGGUUCUUAUUGCUGCAUCGCAAGAAAUUGCAUGGGCGAAGCCAAGAGUACAGCUGAAUUAACCGUUGAAGAUAUACAAAAUCAAUUAAACGAAGAAGAACGUUUUCAGCUUUUGAGUACUAAUCAACCACCAAAGUUUAUAAAAGGUCUCAGAAGCUGUGAGGCAAGGAUAAACGAGGAUUUUCGUUUUACAGUACAAGUAAGCGUAGCACCAGAACCGACUCUUUCUUGGUAUAGAGAUGAUGCGGUAAUGGAUGAAUCUGACAAAUAUCACGUAGCAAAAGAGAAUCUCGGCACAUGCCAUUUUGAAGUGCAAAAGCUCGAAUUUGUUGAUCAAGCCGAGUGGAGGUGCGUAGCAGCAAAUGAUUUUGGCCACAGUGUCACUUCCUGCUUUUUGAAACUAAUCAUUCCCAAGCAUUACAAAAAACCAAAAUUUCUUGAAAGUUUACGCGCAAUCCUAUCGGAAGAAGGCGCUGUAAAUUUAGAGUGCAAGGUUAUCGGUGUUCCACAGCCAGUUUUAAAAUGGUAUAAAGAUAACGUUGAACUCAAGCCCGGUGAUAUACAUCGAAUCAUUUCUGGGCAGGAUGGCACUUGCUGCUUAGGAAUAUAUACUUGCGAAGCUACCAAUUGCAUGGGAACAGUCAGUAGUUCCGCAUCUUUAUUAGGAUUUGAAGACCGAAAAGAUGCAAAAGAAAUUCCGUCGUCAAAUGGUCACGAAUUAGCGAGAAAUUUAUCGUUAUCAACGAUACAUGAGGAGCGAACGUCUCAAUUGUAUGAUACACCACAAACAGAUCAUUCUGUUACUUUGGACGAACGAGGCGAAGUGUCCUUCAGCUUUGAUGGCAAGGAAGUAUCGGUCAGUCUGUACGAAACGCCUGAUUUGACUGAAGAAGAGGCGCUACAGAUUGUUGAAAUGUACGCCGAUCAGCUGUCUGAGCACGUAACAGAACACAAUGUGAUUGAACUACCACCAAUGAGAUUCGUCAAAGAAACAUCUACGACUGGUAAUUUGUUAAUGGAAGCUGUAGUGAUUGAUGUAUCGCCUGAUUAUUUUGUUAGCGCGGAAGACGGUGAUGACUUACGGACAGAAGCUGAUGUUGAAGAUGUUUCCAUUAUGGACGAUGUUACUCACGUCCUUUCCUCACCUGAACGCGAUUCCCGAAGUUCUUUAAAAAGAUCUGCACGAUACAAUGCAGACGAGGAUGAAAAAGUUCCUAAUAGGCCACCUCGGAAAAAAUCAAUGAGUCUAUCAUCAUCAAAAAGCGAAAAAAGUCAAAGAAUAGAAUCUGAGAGUUUCCAUAGCGCACAGAAAGAUGAGCCGCCGUUGUCCCCUCUGUCAUCUUUUAAACAAGAUGACAGCGACACUUUUGCUGACGCUUUAUCGUCUGCACAUCUCUCCAUUACAGAGAGUCUUGUCCAGAAACACAUGACAUCGGAACAUGAAACAGCAGAUAGUAGAAAACGCAGUUUAAGCGCGGAAAGAUCAUCCGGUUCUAGUCUAGACGAUGGAAUCGGUGGUGACUCCUCUUUCGAUUCAAUGAUGGGUGCUCCUAAGAAAAAGCAACGGAAAAAGAAGCAACAGAAGAACAUAGAAAGUAAAGUUGAUCCAAAGAUGCAAUGUCAACUUAUAGAAUCAGUUGAAGAAACAGAAAUGUAUGAUAGAAACGGGACUAAAGCGGUAAAGGAAUUAUUUACUGAAGAAAAAAUUUCAGAUAAUUUAAAAAGCGUGAAAGAAGAUAGCAACCUUAUCUCGGAAGAGAUUCAAGAAUCGACAAAAAAUAUUCUUUCAGAAUCAAGAAUAGCUCUGCACAGAGCUUUGGAGAUUCUUUACGAAAAAGUGCUCGAUACAUCGCCGCAAUUUUCUAGUAUUUAUGAGCGAAUUGAUGAUAUAUAUCGAUUAUUGAAGAUUUCCGGAGAAAUAGAUACGGACAUUGAAACUCUGACCAAUCUGGAAGUACCUCUGCGUGGAUUAUUAAGUGAAAUUAAUGAAAUUACAUCAACAGAACAUGUAGAAACCAUCCGUAAUAUUCUUGAACCAUCCAUCAUUCAAUUGUCACAUGUUAUUGAAGAUCUCGGAUUACUAUCUUUGCAACCGACACUCGUUAUUUUGAAAAAAUUUAGCGAUCCUAUUUGUCACGUUUCUAGCAGAACGAAAGAAUUGUCAUCGAUAAAAUCGACCUCCGGCAAGUCUCAAAAUAUAUCUGAAGAAAUUGUAGAUCCAUUAAUCGAUAUUCAAUCGAUGUUUGAUGGUAUUUUAAAUUAUAUCGAACAAUUGAAAUUUGAUAUAGGAAAUGGAUCUAUCACAGCAAGUGAUCCACAACAAGUUUUAACAGCGUCAAGUCUUGUUGCAUGUUUAGUAGAAUUGAAAGAGUGUGUAUCUCACACAGCACACUCUGCGAUGACAUUGAAAGAGAAUGAAACUUUAAACAGCUUGGUGGAAUUUAGAGAGCCUUUAUUGGAUCUGCAGUCAAUUUUAACAUCACAGAAAUGUACUUUUCAUGAACUUUCAAUGAUAAAAGAAAUUAAUCUUGCCAUUACAAAAUUAAAGAGCGUCGUUGCUACUGUAUUGAAAAAUACUGAAAAUCACGAAGAAAUUUCCCGGACGGAAGCAAUUCUCAAAAUACUGGAAGGUACCGAUAAACAGAUGUCACAAUUAGUGGGACAAUUAUCAGAAACGGAAGGGAUACAUAAAAAUACGUUAAAGAAUUUAAAUAUUGACCAAGGUUUAAGCAAUGUGCAUUUUGCUCUAUCAUCAGUUUUAGAAAAACAAGAAAAGCAUAUUGCCUCGUGUCAUUUUAUUACAAGUAUUGAAGCAUUACGUCAGUCAAUCGGCUUUUCGGCUGUUACAAUUGCUAACUUAAAAAACCCAGUUGAUGACGAGAUAACUCAAGAAAUCAGCAAACUAAACGAAUUAUUGCUAAAUCUACAGAAAUAUUUAUUAAUGGAAAAGCACGAGCCACAAGAAGAGCAAAUUCUUAAUGAAUUGAUGAAUCCUAUUAGCAUAUUGAAAGAGAUAGUUCACAAUGUAAUUGAAAGCAGCUCUUCGAUUGAAUCACUAGUACCUAUAUUGGAAUUGUUGGAAGAUAUAGAAAAAGAUGCAGCUCUUAUAGCGAAAGAAAUAUCAAAGCAAAAAUACCAAGAAGAAAGUACUAUACAAUCUCAGAUAGAGAAUACAGAAGAAAAAAGUAAUUCAAAAUCCAAUUUGGCUAGUCAAAUACGCUGUUCUUUGGAUCCUAUUAAAAACUGGUUGUCCACUGCAUCUGAAGACAGUAUAAAGCAAUAUAAAGACGAAAUGGAAUCUACAUUAAAUUCAACAAUCGAGGAAUUGAAGAGAGAUGUAAGCCAAAUUGCCAUUCAAACGUCAUAUUCUGAAUCACUGAGUGAUGAAAGUUUGAUAAACGCGCUGAUUGAUCUUCGAGAACCACUGGUGAGGCUUAAAAACGCUAUUUCUACAUAUCACGAACCGGAAGAUCUUUCAAUUUUAGAAAAUUUGAAUCAUCCUAUGAAAUACCUUCUACAAACUAUCAUGGAUGUUCUUCAUGAACAUGCGAAAGAAGAAUCUCUAUGGCCGGUAAUAGAUGUCAUUGAGCAAAUUAAAAGUCAAAUAUCGGUUUCAAUCAAAGAUACUCUUCAUCAACAAGAAUUGAAACAAAAUGCUAAAGCAUUUAACGUUGAAAAAGAAGAAGAAGAAAGAACUAUUACAGCUGCUCGAGAAACAAUUUCAGAUACUCUUACGGAAAUUGCUUCAACGCCACUUGAAACUGGAUCUGUCGCAUCACUUACUGAGCAUGCUGUAACAGAAAACAAUUCCAAAACUAUAACUCACGAUAACGUUCUACAAAUCAUAAAAACCGCUGAGCAGGAAAAAGAGGAGAAAGAAGUGGGUGCAAGUAAAUUAAUCAUGAUUUUGUCGGAAACUUUGGAGAAACUUCAAUUAGAGAUAACUAGUAUACUAGAGGAUUUCGAAGAAUUAACAACACAAAUUACUACAAUUCCUCAAUCGAAAUUAGCUAAUUCCAUCGAGGAGUUAAGAAGGACCAUUUCCACAAUACGCGUAAUGACAGUCUAUAGUGAAGAAACUGGUUCAUUCGAAGAAAAGCUUAAUCAAACAACUUUGGUACUGACUAACUUAAUGCAGCCACUGACAAAUAUACGAAAUCUUCUCUCCAAAUCGCACGAGCACGACGUUUCAGAACUUAUGAUACUGAAUCGAUUUACUCCAUUAUUAAGUAUAAUAGAAAAUAACAUGAUAAGACCGAUAAUAAAUUUCGCCAGUACAGAUGAAGAUGUAGAAAAGGAAUUUGAGUCUCUUCUAGGUGUGCUAAAAGAAAUCAAAACGGAAAUUCCGAUUGUAACUCAAGAAAUAUCACUGAGACGAAAAAUUUUGGAACAUCUCUGGGACAUCUCGAAACCUCUGGAAAAUAUUUUAGAGCGCAUGAGCGAUCUAGAAAAAGCUGCAGAAGAAACUCUCGAAACUGACGUUGCGAAUAUCUUAGGAAAACCAAUCGCUGCUCUUCUAGAAGACAUCAAGAUUACUAUUCAAGAAGUAGAUACGUUAGAUCGACGGGAACCAUUAAUUCUCGAGUUACGAAAUCUUCUUGAACCCCUAUUAGAAUUUCAUAGUUGUCUUUCAAUGGUACAGAGCAGUCGAAGGAGUUUAGUUCCUGAAGCUUCUUUACUAGACGAGAGAAGAAAUGUUAUUUUACGAGCGGUCGAUGGUUUGCAAAAACAAGUUUGUCACAUUGUCGAAGUGAUCGCGAAUAUGGAAGAAACCCUCUUGUUUAAUGAAUCUUUGACGUUGCUCAAUUCCGCAAUUUUACAGGUACAAAAACAAAUUGGUAAGACCGAUUAUUCGCGCCGAUCUAGUAGUACCAACAUUUCUCUUCAACAUCGACUUACUGGCACACUAAAUCGCUUAGCUAACGCCAUAAUAACUUUAGAAGAACACGCUGACAAAGAUACACAUGGAAUAGUAUCCAAAUGUUUGGAAGCAUUACAAAAACAAAUCUCUUUCGCGCAAACGCAAUUUAGUCAAAUCGGUAGCGAAUUCAUCGACGAAGAAGCAAUCGUAGAAGGCUUUCUUUACCCGACUAAUCAACUUCUGUCGGCAUUAAUUAUUUUGAAUGAGAAUACGCAGAAAAUGCCUUCGGCAAUUUCACAUAAUUUAAUAAUUCAGUUUCAAGAACUAGCCGACUCUAUCUCAGAACUAAGCUCUUCCCUAUCAGCUCACAAAACAGGACUUGUCCAAGAAGGCGCCUCUGAAGGAGCACCGAUCGUAGAAACUUUUUCCGCCGUUAUAGAUGUUUUAGAUCACGUGAAAGAUUCCAUAAGUGCCAUAAAGCAAACAGUUGACGUUGAACAAAAAACGAGCAUGAUUAUCACACAAGUAGAAAGUGUUAUCGAUGAGAUUAUAGAAGUAUCGCAAGAAGAAGUUGAGAGCGUAAUGAUGAUCACAGAAAUACCAUCAUCUAAAGCAACAGUUAAAGAAGUUAUUCAAUCCGAAAUCGAAGAUACACUUACAACGACACAAAUACCAGUUUUGGAAAAUUUAGAAAUAACAAUCCCUGUUGAAGAAACAAUGGACGAUCUGGCGGAUAUGAGAAAAUGCGAAGAAAAUCAGGAAGCUGAGAGAUACAACCAUUCGACUGAGAUAUCAAAGUUUAAUUCUGCAAUAAGUAAUUUAACACAACCAUUAAAAGAAUUGAUUAAUUUUGUGAAAUCUGCUAAACAGGAAUCUCCGAUUUCAAAAUCUGAGGAAAAUAAGAGAAAAAUACAAGAAUUAACAGCAUUAAUACAAAUUCUUAAUGAUUUACAAGCUACAAAUGUUUCUAUUAAGACAGUAAUAGCUUUUUCGCCCAUUUUACUAUUAGAUAGUCAGUUUUCUCAAAUGGAAGAUAUUCUUGUUAAUCUUGAACGGGCUGUCAACGAGGUUAUUUCCUUGACUUGUGAAGGAAUAAAACCAGAAUUAAAGGAAAAUAUUAUGGUAUCUUUAUCAUUUAUAUCCAAACCUUUAGAUGCUCUUGAAAAUGUAUUGGCAAUUAUAUGUCAAACAAUUUGUGAAAAAGGAUAUAUUGAUAAAAACGGAGAAUCAUUAGCUGCAAUCGCAAAAGUCUUAAUAUCGUGUAUUAAUGAUACCACUAAAUCUCUAAAUAAAAUGCAAAUAUCAAAAUAUGUUAAUACCACUGACGAAACAGAAACGGAAAUAUCAAACGUGAAGGAAGAAACAAAAGAUAUUGAAGAAACAACCGCGCGACCUCUCGAAGAACUUAUAGAAGCCAUUGUGGAGUCUCAGGAACAGGUAAAAUGUGAUGGAAUUUCGCUGUUAGAAUCUGAUUUGCCCUCCACAGAUAUGAUCGAGACAAAAAGUAUUGAUAAUAUAAAAUCCAAACAAGUAGAGUUAAAUGAAUCACUUGUUAAAGAAGUAGAUGAUUCAAUGAAACAAGACACAAUAGAGCCACUACAGCAAACAUUAACAUCUUCUUUAAAAUCUAAUCAAAGUGAAGAAUUACCUACUGAAAACAUUGAAGUGAUAAGUUCGAUAAUAGAGCCUUUAGGAGAAGUUAAAGAAAACUUAGCAACAAUUGAUCAACAAAAGACGGAAUUAACUCAGAACAUUAUGAUUCAGAAAGAACAAGUAAAAGUUGAAACUUUGCAAACGAUUAUUUCUUCUCUUCAAACAUUGUGUAAGUCAUUAGAUGAAACUGGAGAAAUAAAAGUUUUAAAAUCUUCUGAUAAGAAGACGGUCGCAUUCUCGGCUCUAAUGGAACCGUUAUUAAAUUUACAAGUUAUGUUAUCGUCCAAAGUUACUGAAGAUAUUAAGCAAAAUACAGUGACGUUACUAAAGGCGUCUAUUAUAAGUGUUUUAGAGGAACUACAAAAAUCAAUUGCAACAGUCGAAGAACAAGUGCAGCUUAAUACUGUGACUGAAACCAGUACGAGUAAAAUGUCUAAGUUGUUUCUAGAACAAGAUAUCAUAGAACCAUUAGAAGACUUGAAAAUGUCAAUUGCUUGUACCCAAAGUGACCCAACAAUUAAUCAGUUUAUACAGCAAGGAACAGAAUUAUCAAAUGUUGAACAGAUAAUGAUUCUACAAAAUCUUACUAAAACAGUGGUGCAAUUUGGAGACAGAUUUAUGUCCAUUAUUAAUCAAGUAAAAAUAAAAACUUUACCACCGUUGGAAAUCAUUGAACACAAAUAUCAAGAGUUGGAUCCAGAAAUCUUACACAAGAUUGUUGAUCCAAUUCGCAUUUUACGAGAAACACUCUGUCAAAUUGAAAACUUUAAUAGUAAUGAAGCCGAAUUAUUAGAAAUGCCCGAACAGAAAAAAGAGAUUGCGCAGUUGGGUGCAGUAAUAGACUCUUUGGAAAAAUUAGAGCAAUCGUUAAUUAUAGGCGCGCAGGAAAUUACAAUCGCGCAGGAGGAAGUUUUGACAGAACCUAGCAAAAAUCAAAGUUUGUUGGUAAGUGCAAAUUUAAAGCCUGUGUUGGAAGAACUGAGAAACUCGAUUGUUGUUGUUCAAGAGCAACCGAUUUGUAAUGAAGGUAUUUCUGCAUUAAAUACAUUGAAUGUAGCUCUAGAAAACUUAAAAAUGCCAUUAACAACAGUUGAGGAAGUCGUCGAUCAUAUCGAUCAGGUUACUGAAAUUGAAGAAAUAUCAACUUUACUAUCAUUUGCAAAGUCAAUGGAAGAAACAGCGAGUCAACUAGUAGUUAUAGCCAAACAAGAUAUAACAAAACAAGCAAUUAGUGAAACUUCUCUGUUAAAAACGAUGACUAUUCCAAUUGAAGAAUUGCAAAGUGCAAUACUGAAACUCGAGGAUCGAGUAUCUCAAACGUCGGAAACAAAGGAAUCAAUAAAAGUAGUUACUCUCGAAUGUAUGGUAGAACCAUUGCAAGAGUUACAGCAAUCAUUUUUAACAGCAUCUUAUGAAGAAACCGUUUUAGCCUUGCAACGAUUGCCAAUUAAGUCGACAUUAGAUAACUUGAAUAAAUCCGUGGCAGUGAUACAAGAUCAAAUUACGUUCAUCCAGGAGAAUUUACUUGAGGACAUGAAUACAGAUGAUUCGAUAACAUUAAAGGAUUUUGGGAGAUCACUUGGCAAUUUAAGAACAUCGAUGGUAGUUUUACAACAAUUGAAUGCAAUAGAAAACGCUGGUCAACAAAUUGUAGAAAUCGAGAAUGCGUCUGCGCUACAAGCAUUCGCCAAAUCUAUCGAGGAGUUUAAAAAAUGUUGCUCCGUUAUUGUUGAAAGACCGAAAAUUAUCGAAGCUUUUACGACAAACACAGAAGUGAAAGAACCAAAUAAAAUAGAUACACAUCUUAUUGAAAACAUUAUCACACCUUUGCGAAUAUUACAAGAGCAGAUUUUAACUAUCGAAGAAAUUAAAAUGCAAGAAUCUGAGAUUUUGGAUGUUGCAGAAAUAAGGAAACCAGUUACCGUGUUAAGUAGUCUUGUUGGUCCUUUACAACAACUUGAAAAAUCUUUUGUCGCAACAGUGCAGAAAGAACAUGUUGUUGAACAUGAUGGACACGACCUAACAACUGAUUCGUCUUCUAUAAGCCUAGAAAAGCUUGUUCUACAACCUAUUCUUGAAGAAGUACAAAAAUCUAUUGCUAUUGUACAAGAGCAUGUGAUAUUAGAGGCAGGAAGUCAAAUUACAUCGGAAGUAGAAACUGACGCUUUACUGAAAUCGAUCACGCAACCUUUGAUAGAUUUAAAAGCUUCUAUCGCAUCUAUUCAGCAAAUAACUGCAGUUGCACCUGAGUCUUUAAAUAAAUUCGUACAAGAACAAAAUGUUUCAGCAUUGGAAACUUUUGCCGAAACUCUUCACAAUCUGACGGAACGUAUAGCAAUGUGCAAUCAUCAGCAGAUAGUCAUGGAACCUGCGGCUGACACUAUUUCCGAAGGUGCUUCAUCUUUGCAUACGUGGGCAGAUGUGAUCGAUGAAUCUUGUUCAAAAAUUACGCGUCCAAUGGUGAUCGAUCAAGGCGCGAUCGAAUCUCCAGUCGAAAUUGCAAUAUCGAUGUCGGAAGAUGAAACCACUACGUUGAAAACAUUAGCGAAGCCGCUAACUGAAUUACGAGAAUGCCUAGCCUUGAUCGUUGAAGAGCAAAAAACAAUCCCGCCAUGUGAUACGACAUGUUCUUUACUAGAGAAAGAAAAUAUUUCUUUGAUGAAAACAAUAAUACAGCCUUUAUCAGAGUUGGAACAUGCAGCUGCAAUAAUUAUUCAAGAACAAAUGGCUGUUGAACGUGCUGAUGAGCAUUCAUUUGCCAUCGAUGGUAAAAAUGAAUGUAUUCUUCGUUCAUUAAUAGAACCACUUGAGGAAUUGCGUCAUUCUAUCGCGGUAAUACAGGAUCAAAUGCUGGUUGAAACAUCAACAGAUCGGUCGAAGAACGACGUCAUAUUAGAUGCAUUGGCUGAACCUCUGUUCGAUCUCCAACGUGCUAUAUCUGUUUUAGAAACACGAGUAAUGUCUCCGGAUGUUGAAUCGAUGCCCGAAGAUGUAGGCAACAACUGGAUUACGGAAUGUUUAGCGACGCCUUUACAUGAAAUAGAGAGGUCGAUUGCUGAUAUUCGACAAUGUAACAUAAUGGAACCUGAAACUAUAACUGUGGAAGAGGAAACGAGAACUUUAAUACCAGACUGGUUCAUUAUCGAAAAAUUAACAAAACCAAUGGAAAGUAUGAAAUCAGCGAUAGUACGUAUGGAAGAUGACUCUAUUGAAACUGAAGUCCUCAAGACGAUGGAAGUACCACUUGCUAAUGUACAAGAGAAUUUAACGUUGCUAAAAAGUAAAUCUAAUAAUUUGGAUGUUGAAGAGAAAGACAAUAUCGAUGCUUUUAUGGAAUCUCUUUCCAAUUUUGAGAAAUGUAUUUCAUUUGUCGAGAAAGAAAUUGCCGAUAAAGCAGCGUGUAAACGAUCAGAUAUGAAAAUUGAUGCUAUAAUAUCCGCCACUCUUGAUAUACCAUUAACCGAAUUAAAAUGUUCUAUUGCGACUGUAAAGAAAUCACCAAAUGAAACUCUACACAGUUUGGAAGAACCGUUGAAACUCGUGCAGAAUGCACUUGAAACAAUUGUGUCUAUACAACGAAGUAAAAAGCUUUCUAAAUUAUCGACAAAAAUAAUAAAUAGUAUUUCAGAUACGAACAAGUCAGUCGAAUCUAUCGGAAGUAAAUUAAAGCAUCAACAAGUGUCGGUAAUUGAAAUUUAUAUCGAAUACGAAGCAUUUGGAAUAUUGACAAAAUCUUUAGAGAAUAUUAAACAAUGUAUUAUACAGAUACAAGAGGAACCAAAUACUGCCAAUUCAAUGAUCAGUGUUCUUCAGGGGCUCAAAAAAUCUAUAGCUGUAGUGCGAGAACAAGCAGCCGAUAAACCAUUGGGGGAACCGCAACAUACGAACGUCAGUGUUCUUUCGAAGAGUUUAAUACCGUGUCUAGAUGAAUUACAAGAAUCAAUAGAAGCAACAAAAACGUUAUGGCAUGAAAAAACAGUACUAGAUGGAUUAAUAAUUCUUGAGAAACCAAUUUGUAAAUUGCAAACUGCGAUGAACGUUAUACAUGAUCAGACCUUGGAAGAAACAAUUUCAAUAAUAAAUAGGUACAAAACAGCUCUUCUGCAAAAGAAAACCAUAGAGAAAGAAAUGAAAUCAUCUGAAAUUGAGGCAGCUGUCGAAAAAGACGAUAAAAUUAAUGAAACAAUGAAAGAAGAGACAGAAGAAACUAAAUUGGUAAAAGAUACAGAUUCAGCAAUAAUUAAUGAUAAAAAUAAAGAAGACAAGAAAGAAGAAGAAAAGAAAAAGAAAGCAGAUAAGAAAGAAAAAAUUCAACAAGACGAAGAAAAAGAUCGUGGAGAAUCACCAAAAUUAAAAUAUGAAGAAGAGGUUAAUCAAAUAAAAAAUAAAAAUGAAAAACUACAGAAAGAAGACGUGAUUCAAGAAACGCAAAAGGUAAAUGAAAAACAGGAGAGCGCAGAAAUUGAACAAGUAAAGGAAGAAGUAGAGCAAAGCGAAAUAAGCAUGAAAAAUGAAAAGAUAAUUCAAGAUGAAAAAGAAUAUAAGAAAGUUGAAGAAGUGGAUAGAUUGGAAAAACAUAAAGAAGUUGAGAAAAUUAAUGAAAUAAAAAAUCAACAAGAGAAAAUGGAUACAAGUGAAAAUAGAAAAAAUGAAAUUCAGGAAUCCAAAAAACUUAUCGAUGCCGAAGAAAUGAGAAAAAGCAAAAGUGAACAUGCGAACAAAGAAGAUGUGGAAGGAGAAAAGGCAGAAAACAAACAAAAGAAAGAACAGGAGAUCAUACAAGAGAAAAAAAAUAUAGAUGAACGUGAGAAAACUGAAACAAUCCGAAAUAUUGAAGAAAAAGCAGAAAAUAAAAAAAUAGAAGAACUUAAAGAUAUAGGAGAAAAGGAAGGGCAAUCGAUAGAAAAGAAAGAAGAAACCAGCAAAAUAGAAGAGGGAGGGGAGCAGAAAGAUAUAAAAUAUAUUGACAAAUUAAAACCAACAGAGGAUGAGAGGAAAAAUGCAACUAAAGAAAAAGGAGAAGAAAAGCUAGAAAAAGGGAAAGAAAGUGGUACAACGCAACAAAAGAAGCAGGACCCUGUAAAUACAGAAACUGAAAUGAUACAGAAAGAGAAGGACAAGUCUGACAAAGAAGCAGAAGCCAGAGAAAUAAAGGAAAAUAAAAAACACAAAAUUUUAAAAGAAGAUGAAAAAUUAGACAGACAACAGAAAAAUCUUGAAAACACAGAAGAAGAUGUCCAAAAAAAGGAGGAAAUCAUAAAUUUAUUGAAAAAAGAAGAGCAGAAAGAAGAAGGAAGGGAAGAAGAAGGAAAAUAUGGAACAGAAGAAACAAAAGAAAAGAUAAAAAAAGAAGAAAGCGAAAAAACGAAGGAUCAGGAGAUUGAAGAGUUGGAAAAGAAAAAAGACUAUGAACAAGAGAAGAUAAAAGAACAAAAGGAACGAGUGGAAGAAGUAAAGAAGCAGGAAGGGGAACUGAACGAGAAAACGAUAGAAAAAAUAAAAGGAGAAGAAGAUAAAGCAAAAGAUGAAAAGACUAAAAAAUUGGAAAAGAAAAAAGAGGAUUCUAGUAAAGAAGGAAAGAUAAAAGAAGAAGGUCAAAAGAAAAAGGAUGAAAUUAAAAUAUCCAAGAAAGAGAAUGAGAAACGGAAAAAAAUAACUAAAGCUGAAGAAGUAAAAACUGCAAAAGAUGAACAAACAGAGACAAAGAAAAGUGUACAAGAGGAUAAGAAAAUAGCUACGCAGGAAAAAGAUAAAACAGAAGGUGAGAAAGUAGAAAAGAUUAGCAAGGAAUCAAUAGAAAAAGAGAAAGAUGAAAUUAAAACAGAUGAAAUAAUACAACAGAUACAAUACAAACAUAUAAAUGACACGAAGAAAGAAGACGAAACAAACGAAAACGGAAGCGAAUGUAAAGAGAUAAAUGAAGAUCAAGAACAAAGACAAAUAAAACAAAAGCAAAAUGAAAAAGUAGCGGAGGAAAUCCAGGAAUUAACAUUAAGAAAGGACGAAAAUUUAUGUAUGCAAAUAGGCGAAGAUUCGAAGAAACCGAAAGAUGAGAGAAUGCUUAAAAAACAACAAGAAGAGAGCAAACCGGAAUUUGAAGAACUGGGGAGAGUGGAAAAAGAAGAGGAGUGGAAACAGCGAAAGCCGCAAAGUGAUGAAAAUCGAUUAUACACGAGAAAAGAAUGCAUUAAUAGAGGUGAUGAACGCAGAGUACAGAAAGACGAAAACGAUUAUCAAGAGAGAGAUACCGAUAAAAGGCUGCACCAAAUGGAAAUAGAGCGCUUGGAAAAGAAAAGAACUUUGAGACAAGCUAAAGAAGUGAUUGACUAUGUAUCUGCAGCGGAUGAGGAGAGACGCCAAAAAAGAAGUGAGGAAAAGAGAAUUAGGAGAGAUGAGACUGCUAGAUUUUUAUGGGAAGAAGAACAAAGAUUACGAAAAAGACAAGAGGAGGAAAUAUUUAGAAAUAGGCAGAGAAGAAAAGAGCAAAUUAGAGAAAAUGAAUGGUCCAGAAAACGCGAAAAUGAAUCCGAUCGUUUUCUUAGGAACAUGUUAGAGACUACAUGGAAGCCCGACAAAUCGACUUCAAUGUUUUUCGAUGUCGAUUGUUCUCGAGAUUAUACUUCUCGGUUUGAUUCUGGCAUCUCAAUGCCUUCUAGCACUUCCAAAUCAUACAGCUGGAGAGAUUCUUUAACAUCACUAAGUGGAAAAAGGCUCGACGACUAUUGGGAUUAUAAAUUACACAGUCCUUCUAUGGAUAAAUAUUACUUCGAUAUGGGAUCUUCAUACAGGAGGCGCAGAAAAAGAGAAAAUCGUAUGAUUCGCGCGAGAUCGAUCAGUUUAUUGAAAUACGAAGAUUAUUCAACUGGAGAUAGUGAUGCCACUAUUGUACCUAGUACGCGUAGUCGACCUCUUCGACGUACAAAAAUGGACACCACCUCACGUAUCAAUUUUGACACUUGUGAGUCUAGUUCGUCUAGCUACGCUGACCUCCAUCAAAGUAAGAGUCUUCUGUGGGACAAACCAAAGAAACCAUCAUUUUGUACAAGACUGACGAACAGGAUAGUAGGAGUUGGAAUGAGGAUAAGACUGACCUGUACUGUUCUUGGUAAUCCAGAACCACGCGUCUGCUGGAUGAAAGACGAUCAGAAACUAGACGCAUCGAACAAUCGCUGUAGAAUGCGAUACGAGAACGGAAUGGCUUAUUUGGAAGUACAGGACACACUUCCCGAAGAUGCCGGAAUAUACACAUGCGUGGCAGAGAAUCCACAUGGUACUUCGACCACCGAAUCUAUUUUGAGAAUUUACUCCGAUUACAAACCCACGCAAUCACCUCCAACUUUUAUUAAAUCAAUUAAAGACACUUACCGAUAUUCUGAUCGUAAGCUGAUCCUGGAAUGUCGUGUACACGCACAUCCAAUUCCUAUGAUUUCUUGGUUAAAAGAUGGAACGGUUCUUCAAGGCGAACGUUACAAACAAAGUUAUCUCGAUGAUGACGUCUACCGACUGGAAAUAACAGAUCCUGAUGUCGCGGACAAUGGACAAUAUACGUGUCGCGCGGUAAAUGAGCUAAAUACCGAGGAAAUAUCUCAUACUGUUCAUGUUGAAGCUUUAGAUUGGCGAUCCGUAAAUCGAAACGAUCCGCGUUUCGACUUACGCGACGAAAUUAGAUCUGAAUUCGCGCGAAGACCACAGUUCUCUAACUCAUUGAAGGAUUAUAGCGUUCCCGCUGGCGGAACUAUCGCUCUUCAAGUACAUGUUAAAGGUGUACCAUCUCCGGAAGUAGAAUGGCUACGCGGCGAUCGAAAGGAGCCAAUUACGAUACCAAAAGCGAGCACCUUUGUAGAACGUGGACUUUAUACUUUAAUUGUACCUGAAGCAACGGAGUCAGAAAGAGGUACUUACGUGUGUAGAGCGAUCAAUGCUUACGGGCAAGUGGAUACAAGCGCGACAGUGGAUGUAAUAUCGUCGAGCGCUAUCGAUGGCGGAAAACCGGCGAUGUUCGUCUCAAGACCUUCCAAGAAAUCGAUCGAUGUGACCGUCGGCGAAGACAUCAGUAUAUCUUUCCGGGUCAACGGUGUCCCUAAGCCUCGAAGUAAGACAAAACAACUGUUAAGAGGAUAAACAGUACAGUGUGCC